AUGAACUUUGUUGUAUUUUCUCGUUAUUGCAACUUAUGUAGCUUUAUCCAACCUUUGCGAAUAACAUCAUGCAAAACGGUUACUCUAGAUACAACUCGAAACAUGAUAUUUCACGGAGCAUCAGCCGGCAUAGGCGCAUAUAAUCUGCCGCUUCAAGCAAACCAAUUCAGCAUAUCUUCAAUAUGGCUAGAAAGUGGACCCCCAAUGGAACUUAAUAGCAUAAAAGUCGGAUUUGGAGUAAGUUGUAGUUUAUAUGGAGACAGGCAACUGCGAUUAACUGGUCAUUGGACCUUACAAAAAAAAACUGGAUGUUACAAUAUUGUUUGUCCGGGUUUUGUGCAAGUCAACCAUGACAAAGAAUAUGCUAUUGGUUCAGUUUCGCAUCCUGUUAGUUCAAUUGGAUCAAAAACAAAAUAUAUUGGUUAUACCAAAAUCAAACAGGAUCGAACUACAGGUCAUUGGUGGUUAAUUAUUCAAACUACGAAAUCAAUAUAUGUUGGAUAUUGGCCAAAAGAAUUAUUCACUCACUUAAGCAAAGGGGCCUCUUUAAUAAGAGUUGGAGGUCAAACCUAUGCCCCACCUAAUAAGGACAGUCCUCCCAUGGGUAGUGGGAGAUUGCCGAGAGAAAAAUUCAUAAACUCGGGUUUCAUGGAAUUACUGAAGACUAUUGAUUUAGAAUAUAAUGAAAUUGACAUAAAACCCAAAGAUAUGAAGCGGUAUACCGAUACCAACUCAGGCUGUUAUGACUUGUGGUACUGUGGUUAUGAAGGAAAUCAGUAUAGGCAAGCUUUUCUUUAUGGAGGUCCAGGUGGACGAAAUUGUGAUAUAUGA